AAUGCCCAAUCAGUAUACUCGCAAACGAAAUGUGCCCGAAAGGGGUUCUUGGUCUGCAGAGGACUUAUGUUCUGCCAUUAUUGCAGUAGUGUUUGGCGAAAUGGGUGUUAACGAAGCAGCAAAAGCAUUCCACAUUCCAAAAACUAUUUUUAAACGCAGACUUGCAGCUAGUAAUAUAAAUAAAACCAAUUGUUUAGGCCCUGGCAGCUUGCUUGGGAGAAAAGCAGAGGCCAAGCUCGCUACCCACAUCCAAAAAUUACAGAAAAGAAGCUUUGCACCGACUAGACAGGAAGUACGCAUAAUGGCCCAUAAUUUGGCUGAACGUCUUGGAUUCAACAUAAAUUUAAUCGGGAAGAUGGUAAAGCUGGUAACGUAUAGCUGCUUCAAUUUUUAAGACGGAAUUAGCGCGAGCUUUGGGAAUGUCUAAAAAUGUUGUAGACAACUAUUUUAAAGAACUCGAUGCUGUACUUUCUGAGAAUGGUUUGUUUGGCAGGCCUGGCAACAUUUACAUAAUACGGACGAGACAGGUCUACAAUUGAACACGCGAGCUGGGCAGGUGCUGGCUAAGAAAGGAUCGAAAAGUAUACCUUCAAUUAGCCCAGGUAAAAAGGGUGAAACGAUUACAGUAGUUGCCUGCUGUGAUGCAGAAGGAGUUUAUUUGCCUCCUUACUGCAUGGUUCAAUGCCACCCGGCUUACGUGUAUGCAUGUCAGAAAAGUCAGCGUACGUGACAUCAGAAAUUUUUCUGGAUUGGCUACAGAAUCAUUUCUACCCUAGAAAAGCACCUGGAAAGGUUUUGCUAAUAGUAGAUGGACACACUUUCCACACGACUAAUCUUGACACGUUGCAAUUCGCUGAGGAUAACGACAUUAUUAUAUUUUGUUUGCCGAGUCAUACUACGCAUUACUUGCAGCCGCUUGAUCGGGCCUUCUUCAAGAGCCUUAAGGGGCAUUAUUACGAUUCGUGCAGAAGGAUGAUCAAAUGCAGCCCCACUAGGAAGUAAAUCGAUUACAAUUCGGCAAACUUUUAGGGAAAGCCUAGGGCAAAUCGGCUACAGUCAGCAAUGCCGUAUCGGCCUUUCGGGCAACAGGAAUCUGGCCUUACAAUUCGGAUGAAAUACCCGAUUACGCUUUUCUAACGGAGCCACCAAAUGAGGCUGCAUUACAUUCAAGAGACACAUUUGGGGAACAAGGUGUCCUCACAAAAGUGGCAACAGAAACUGUUUUGCAAGAAAUUUGUUCUCAAACUUUUCCUCGCGAAUGUGACUCACCUCAACCAGGCCCUUCUGGAAUGCAGCAGAAAAGUGUGGAAGAACCUAAUGAAGAAGAAUUAACACCUGGGAAACUACUUCAGGAGCUUUCUCCUGUGCCUCUUAUAACACCAACAAUGAAAAAGGCUCGUGCUAAUCUAGUAGGUAACUUAACAUCACCAAGUUACAUGGCUCGAAUUCGCGAGAAGACGCAGAGACAAACACGUCAGCUUAAAAGGCAGAAGAAAGAAGAACCUUCCAAGAAGAAAUCACCAAAAUCUACUAAAAAAGUGUUGCAAAAGAAACGGAGGCAUGAGUCUACCUCUUCAGAAUCUGAUGAAGACGUACUUUUGGAUGAUUCGUCUAGCGGGGAAGAAACCUUUGAUGACUUAGAAAAUCAGUGCGUCGGGUGUCUUGAAGAUUAUCGCCUUACAAAGAAAAAAGAGGACUAGCUACAAUGCAUUAUCUGUUCUAGAUGGCUGCACGAAGGUUGCGCAUCCUACACCAACACAUGCCAACUCUGCGGUGCCGCCCCCAUUAUGAAAAAGGGGAAGAAAAAACUAAAUUAGUGUACACAAGAUCUCUUUCAAGACUUUCUAGCAAUGAGCCAAUUUAAGUUUUCAGUUUUUUUAUGUUUUACAUU